UUAUGAAGUUAACCGCCAAGAAUUUCGAUUGUUAAAUUAUGGAAAAAUACGCUUCGCUAUGGUUAUUCAUUGUUCAUUUAAUAUGUUCGUCGGCUCCUGCACUUCCAGCGGGUUUCAGCAGAAACUUGCCCCAUAUGUUCUUAGAAGAGUAUGGAAGUAAAAGCCUUCCUUUACGAACAGCGGUCGAGAGUAGACCUGAUAGAAACGAUCUGUCCCAUCGUGUACCUCUGCGAGAUGCUGUUGAGAGAAGACCGCCUCCGGGAAAUGAAUAUCUUCAAAAUUUUCUUCAUGUUUCCCACAAAUUUCCAUCUAAUUUCAUAUAUCAGGACUCCGCAAAACCACUAAACAAUCCUGCGCAGCAUCUAAAUUUGGGAGUUAAAAAGGACUCUUCCCCUAAGGUGGUGUGUUUUGUAACAAACUGGGCUUUUUAUAGAAAAGAGGGAGGAAAAUUUGUUCCUGAAAAUGUUGAUCCAAGAUUAUGUACCCAUGUUAUUUACGCAUUUGCGAGCCUUGACCCAGAAACAUUAACCAUAAAGGAAUUCGACAGAUGGGCAGAUUUCGACAAUAAACUCUACGAGAGGAUAACGGCAUUAAAAAACACGAAGGUGUUGCUAUCGCUAGGCGGAUGGUCAGAUUCUGUCGGCGAUAAAUAUUCAAGGCUCGUUAGAGAUGAAGCGGCACGCCAAAAAUUUACUACAAGUGUUGCUGUUUUUCUCCGAAAAUACAAUUUUAAAGGACUGCAUUUCGACUGGAAUUAUCCGAUAUGCUGGCAGAGCAACUGUAAAAAAGGUCCCGCAUCAGACAAGCCCAAUUUCAAUAAACUGAUGCAGGAGUUACGCAGAGAAUUUGAUACAACGGGUUUGGAACUAGCCGCAUCAAUUUCUGGGUAUAAGGAGGUCAUCGACGUGGCGUAUGACCUGGCAACUUUGAGCAACAUCUUGGACUUCAUUUCAGUGAUGACAUAUGACUAUCAUGGCUUUUGGGAGGGUAAAACUGGUAACAUUGCACCACUAUAUUAUUCGUCAAGCGAUAGUUAUCCACAGUAUAAUGUGAAUUAUACCAUGGAAUAUUUGGUAUCGAAAGGUGCGAUCCGAGAAAAGCUUUUAAUGGGUAUUCCUUUCUAUGGACAAAGCUACACGUUGCCAAAAUCUGCUACUUAUAGUCCGGGUUCUCGAAGUGUUGGUCCUGGUGAACCAGGUGACUAUACGAAGCAACCUGGCAUGUUGGCGUACUAUGAAAUCUGCUACAAUAUUAAACGUUCUCGUUGGAAUGAGAGAAAAAAUGGCAUGGAGCCUUAUGCCUACUACAAUGACCAAUGGGUUGGAUAUGAAAAUAUCGAUUCAGUUAGAGCAAAGGUUAAAUAUGUCAAAGACAGAAAAUUUGGUGGUGUGGUAGCCUGGACAAUCGAUCUAGACGAUUUUUCAAACCGAUGUUGUAAUGGGCCUUUCCCACUACUGCGUUCUAUAAAUCGAGAACUGAAUCGCAUAAUAGACAGUUCAACGGUGGAAGAUUGUGCAAAACCACCGCCACCAUCCACACCCGCGCCUCCAGAAGUAACAACCGGAAUUGAUUCAGGGGCAUCGGAACACGACCAUCAUACGGGUACGAGCGUAGCGACGUCUGCGGAAACCAUAAUGACAUGGUGGCCAACCUCAUCAACCGAGAAUUGGUGGAGUAGGCCAUCUAGCUCAUCAGUAAAACCAUCUACUAGUCCUUGGUGGACGACAAGUUCUACCACUGCUUGGUGGACAACCACGACAAAGGUUACAACAUCGAAGCCUUCCACAACUUCACGAAGACCGCCAACGGCCGCGCCAACCCUUCCUAACCACGAACCACCAAUUAAGAAAAAAUGUCAUCCUGGACAGUAUCUCCCAGACGACAACAACUGCAACGCAUUUUAUCGGUGUGUAGGUGGAGAACUCCAAAAACAAGUUUGUGGCGGCGGUCUUCACUGGAAUAGAAACAAAAACACGUGUGACUGGCCUAGCGCCGCCAAAUGCAAGGAAAAUUACAUUCAGCCGACCACUUCUGCCUCGGAAUCUAGCGAGUACAGUUUAAGCAUAUCGCCUUAUUCCGAACAUCAAUGUAACUCAGGAUCGUAUUACUCCCAUGAAGAUUGUGGACAGUUUUACAUUUGCGUAAAUAAUCAUUUGGUUCCACAAAAUUGUCCGCCGGGGUUGUAUUGGAAUGUUGACAAGGCAAACUGUGACUGGCAGUUUAACACUAAUUGUACAAGAAGAAAAGAUUGGGAACAGUUGGAAUUGCUAGUUGACAACAGAUAUCAACCCUAUUCUGCAUGCGAUGAAAAUGCGUUCGCCUCGUUCCCAGGAGAUUGUUCCAAAUACAUGCAUUGCUUGUGGGGUAAAUUUGAGGUUUACCAAUGUGCCCCUGGAUUAUAUUGGAGUGACAAAAAUAAAAUAUGCGAUUGGCCCAUUAAGUCUGAAUGUCAGGAAACCGAAAAUGAUCUGUAUCCAGAGCCCAGCGACGAUGAUCCUAAACCAGGAACUAAUUUACCGACGACCACUUCCCCUCGAUCAACUACAGAAUGGCAAUAUCAACCGCCUUCAACUAGCGAACCGGGAGAAAACCCUUGGGAGUGGCAUCCGCCUAUACCACCCACGUCCGAAAAACCUCCACUGCCAGAACCACUCAAACCAUUUUCGGAUUAUUUUAAAAUUGUGUGUUACUUUACCAACUGGGCUUGGUACAGGCAAGGCAUUGGUAGAUACUUACCCGAAGAUAUUGACGAAAACUUAUGUACCCAUAUUGUCUACGGAUUCGCGGUACUAGAUUUUUCUAACUUAAUAAUAAAACCUCACGACUCGUGGGCUGAUUUUGAUAAUCAGUUUUACAAAAGAGUCGUUGCCUACAAGUCAAAAGGCGUAAAAGUCUCGAUAGCAAUAGGUGGAUGGAAUGAUUCACAGGGUGAUAAAUAUUCUAGACUCGUCAACGAUGCGUCAGCUAGAAAACGCUUCAUUGAUCACGUCCUUAAAUUUCUGGACAAACAUGGUUUUGAUGGAUUGGAUUUGGAUUGGGAAUAUCCAAAAUGCUGGCAGGUUGAUUGCUCGAAAGGUCCCGAUUCGGAUAAAGCGUCUUUCUCGCAUUUCGUCAGAGAACUCAAAGAAGCUUUUAUGCCAAAGGGAUACCUGCUGUCAGCAGCUGUAUCACCUAGUAAAACUGUAGUGGACCAAGGUUAUGACGUUCCCGUCUUAGGACAAUACUUGGACUGGGUGGCAGUGAUGACUUAUGAUUUCCAUGGACAGUGGGAUAAGAAAACGGGACAUGUGGCACCACUGUAUUAUCAUCCCGAUGACGAAGUGGACUUUUUUAACUCGAAUUAUUCAAUUAAUUAUUGGAUCUCAGAAGGUGUACCGAGAAGGAAAAUUGUAAUGGGAAUGCCUUUGUAUGGUCAAUCUUUCAGACUGGAAGAUGAAAAGAAGAACGGAUUGAAUGCCAACGCUCCAGGACCUGGUGAAGCUGGUGAAUUCACAAGGGCUGCCGGGUUUUUGGCAUAUUAUGAAAUUUGUAAUAAUGUGAAAAACAGCGGGUGGACUGUUGUUAAAGAUCCGGAAAAUCGAAUGGGACCUUAUGCUUAUAAAGGCAGUCAGUGGGUUUCUUAUGAUGACAAAGAGACAAUUAAAAUAAAAUCGAAUUACAUCAGAAAAAUGGACCUCGGAGGGGGGAUGAUAUGGGCGUUGGAUUUAGACGAUUUUAAAAACAGAUGCGGCGAAGGACGUCAUCCUUUGCUAACCAUAAUAAGAAAUACUUUAGCCGAUCCUGUCUCAAAAGAUGAAUUGAUUGGUAUAACAGACGAUCAGUCGAUUAACAGGCCGCAGCAAGACAUCGAGAAUGAAGAACUAAAUGUUUAUAAUUCUGCAACAACGGAACAUGCAAGUACAACAUAUGGGUACAUUCAAGAGACCCAACCGAUCGUAGAUCGUAGCAGUAAAUUUAAAGUCGUUUGUUACUUUACGAAUUGGGCCUGGUAUAGGCAGGGAAGAGGAAAGUAUCUUCCUUCAGAUAUUGAUGUAGAUUUAUGCACACAUAUAGUGUACGGAUUUGCUGUGUUAGAUGGUGACCGACUGCUUAUUAAACCUCACGACACUUGGGCUGAUUUUGAUAACAAAUUUUACGAGAAAGUGACAGCAUUGCGAGCCAAAGGAAUAAAAGUACUAAUUGCUAUCGGGGGCUGGAAUGAUUCAGCAGGCGACAAAUACUCCAGGUUGGUGAACGAUCCAUCCGAUAGAAGCCGAUUUAUUACUAAUGUUGUCCAGUUUAUCGAAGACAAUAACUUUGAUGGUUUGGAUUUGGACUGGGAAUAUCCUAAAUGUUGGCAAGUCGAUUGUACCAAAGGUCCUGAGUCCGACAAAGCCGCAUUCGCCGCAUUUAUUAAAGAAUUGCACAAUGCGUUUUCACCAAAAGGGUGGCUUUUAUCUGCAGCUGUUUCUCCAAGUAGAAGGGUGAUCGAUGGCGGUUACGAUGUGCCAGUUUUAAGUCAAUAUUUAGACUGGAUUGCAGUAAUGACUUACGACUACCAUGGCCAAUGGGAUAAAAUAACUGGCCACGUAGCUCCAAUGUACACUCAUCCGGAAGACAUCGAUGCUACUUUCAAUGCUAAUUUCACUAUUCAUUAUUGGAUUGAAAAGGGUGCUGAUCGGAAAAAGUUGGUUAUGGGAAUUCCGAUGUAUGGUCAGUCCUUUUCAUUAGCGGAUAAUCAAAAUAACGGACUAAAUGCUCCUACGUACGGUGGUGGUGAAGCAGGGGAAGAUACCAGAGCGAGAGGAUUUUUGGCCUAUUAUGAGAUAUGUACCAAUGUAAUUCAGAAGAAGUGGAACGUCGUCCGUGAUCGAAAAGGUAGGAUGGGCCCUUACGCUUAUUUGAGAGACCAGUGGGUAUCAUUCGAUGAUAUUGGAAUGGUAAGGCACAAAUCGCAGUACGUUAAAGCUAUGGAAUUGGGAGGCGCUAUGAUAUGGGCUUUGGAUUUAGAUGAUUUCAAAAAUGAGUGCAAUUGUGAAGAAUAUCCUCUACUAAGAACUAUUAAUAGAGUUCUCAGAAAUUAUUCUAAGCCGGCACCCAAGUGCGUGUUAGGUGGACAAUAUUCGCCAGAAUCUUCUACAUCCAGCUCGUUGGCGCCAACUUCCACAACCUCGCCUGUACAAUCUACAAGUCUAAGUUCAUCUACAAGUCCAAGUCUAUCUACAAGUUCCAAUAUACCAUCCACAACCAUCAAGCCAGAGCAAUCCACAUACAUGACUCUUUCAUGUAAUGGAAGGUUGUUUUUAUCGGACAAUACAACAUGUAACAAGUAUUAUGUAUGCGAUCAAGGUCAAUACUUACCACAAUACUGUCCGGGACCGCUAUUAUGGAACGUGGAUCAUUGUGACUGGCCAGAAAACACGAUUUGUAAUUUGCAGAAAUCAAAUCUAUUUGCUUCAAACGGAAACGAUCUUUCUGAAGUUAAACCGAAAAAUUCCGCACUUAGCUGGUCAGUAUCGAGUUACGACCACAACAAAUACAAAAUAAUUUGUUACUUUAGAAAUCGAGCUUCGCGUAGGCAAAAUCGUGAGGAAUUCUCACUGGCAGAUAUCGAUCCUUCUAUGUGUACCCACAUAAAUUACGGUUUUAUUUCCUUAGACCCGACGUCUUUAAAAAUUACUACCGACCUGUUAGUUGAUGUUAAUGGCGUGGCAGAUCUUAAAGCAGAAGGCGUGAAAGUCUUACUAACAGUAGGAGAUUCAGUUGAUCCUGCGGACGAUAGGUAUUUUAAAUUGGUGAUCAAUCCAGGUGCAAGAGCCACAUUUGUGUCAAAUAUUGCUGAGUACAUCGAAAAAUGGCAGUUCGAUGGUUUGGAUUUGAACUGGCCAUUACCUAAAAACGUGCAGGUGGACGAAAGGAGUUUAAGGGUAUAUAAAGAAGGAUUUUCAAAGUUAAUAAAAGCACUACAUGAAGAAUUCAAGUUCAGAAAACUUCUUUUAUCUGCAGCAAUUUCGCAUAGCGAAACAUCUUCCGUUGCCGAAUACGACACUUCCACUCUAAACACUUAUUUGGAUUGGAUUUUAGUGAUGCCAUUUGGAUUUUAUGGAAACCGUGAUUCCCAAAGAAACAACAUUUCUUCUCUCGUAUAUGCGAACUUUUUAACAAACUACUGGAUAGAAAAAGGAGUUGACAAUAGAAAGCUAGUUAUGGGAAUACCAUUUUAUGGACGGUACUUUACCAUAACGGAAGAUCUAUACAAAAAACGCACAGGUCUUAAGCAUGUCGACACAGUUCAAGCUGAUGGAUUGCAACUUUUGCCAUUUUAUGAGAUUUGUCAAAAAGUACAACAAGAUAAAUGGCGCAUCAAAAGAGACCCCUCGGGAACUACUGGACCACUCGCAUAUUCAAAUGAUCAGUGGAUUUUAUAUGAUGAUGUGAGCGAGGUCAAAUCAAAGGCACGACUUAUAAAACAACGUGGGUUGGGAGGAGGCGUUGUGUGGGCGUUGGAUCUGGAUGACUUUGAAAAUAAAUGUGCUUGUGGAAAAUCGCCUUUAUUGCGAACAUUAAAAUCGGAGUUACAAGGCAAUGCGGACAGAAAUACGAUUGAAAAUUGUAUCUAAAAAAAGAAUAAGUGUGUAUACAACGCAAUAAAUUGGCCUUAUAUGAAUUAGAUAUUGUUGUUACUGCUUCACUACUAACUAGAUUUAAUAACUUUUUUUCGCUUGGUUCAGGCCUACAAAAACCUUAAUUACCUAAAAAUCAAUUAAUCAAUCAACUGGGAAUUGUUAUUUAAUGUAACAAGUUCAGAAAGUAUGUACCAUAAUUUGGGAUCAUUCAACAAAAUUUCGCUAAAUCGAAGCUAUUAAAAUCGAACUCAAAUGCAAUAAAAUUUCGAGAUGUGUUGCCUACAUACACAAAACAAAACACUAAAAUGAUUUAGAAUAGCAUAGUAGCUGUGUAUGUCAACCUACGCUCUAAAGUACUAUGAAGGACUAAAAACAAUGGGACAAAUCACAAUAUUAAUUACAGCUAGAGGUGCCGCGUUCUUCGAUUUUUUUUAACAAAAUUGGCCAUCCUUACGUUACAUGCCAAUUUCUUAGCAUUAUAUCGAUCAGGUUUGGUUAGUUUCGGACCUGGUUUCAAACAUCGGAACAAAAUAAUAUAUAUCUAAAUACAUUUUUUACCACUUAUUUUCAAAUACUUCCGACAAUCAUCUGUCAAAUUUCACGCUUGGCCGAACUUGUCAGUUUUGUCAGUCAAGUAAAACCAACAAAGACAUGAAAACCGACUGAAAAAUAAAAAUAGGUACAGAAACUUUGACAGGCGAUGUUAUUAUCUUUCUUUCGAGUUCGUAAUCCGAGACUAGGAACCAGUUUCGGGCACAGGUAAUUCUGUAAUAGAUUUUUAAACCCUAUAAAAUAGGUUUCACAUUUUCUACUUAACCGAUUUUAUAAUGUAGAAUGUGUAUAACUAAUAGAUUAUCCAAACUACAGAUUUUACGAGUUAAGUUUAAAGUUUUGGUUAGCUUGAAAUUCAUAUUUAAGGAAAUCCAUACGAAAAAUUUGAAUAAGUGAAAAAUGAUGCCGGUUCCAAAAGUUAUUAAAAAGCACGUAUUUUGUCAUGAGGUUGAGUGUCAGAAACACAGGAACUUAACAACUAUAAUGUUCCCGUUCGAAAUGGUACUGAAAUGGACCAACCCCGUACCUCAAAUGUGCAGUUCGUCUAAGAAACUUAAUAUGUCGCCAAAUAGCAUUAGCAAACCGGAAGCCCGUAAAUAAACCCAUCAAGUUGUCCGGAUUUGGAACCAAAAACUAUUAUAUGUACGUAUACAAUAUACCAUAUGAGACAUUAACAACAAUAUUUCACGUCUGCUAAAGACAUUAACAUUAUCACAUUACCAUUACCUUCCGUUGCUCCAGUCAAGUGUCUUUGUGACUAAGGCCGAUUUAAGCUAAUCACGCAAUCAAAUUUCUAAAAUUAUGAAAUUCUGACGUCAUUGAAUCUUGAAAAAAAAUAGCAAAUCUCGAUGACGAAUAGUUUACGAGGUUUACACGUUGAUUUGACCACGUACAAGGUACAAGUGUACAAGGUAUGUUGGUCUUGGACGGAAAUGCAAAUGAAGCAAUUAUCAUUUUGUGAAAAGGAUAUAAUUAGAGAGAUCAUAUAUGAUAUAAAUAUCCGAAAUUCAGAAUUACACUUAUUUUAGAUACUAGUUUAAAAGGGUAGUCUUUAUAAAGUGAUAAAUUUAUUUUUUGCAGUCCCUGUUCUAAAAUAAAACCUUAGCUUCGUUAUCCACGGCUGCGAGUCACACGGAUGAUAUUUUGACGUUUGUCAUUCACGUCACACGUCACUCAGUGAAUGUAGACGUGCUGUUUUGCAAAAUCAUGCCCAAAACUAAUGGUCGUGGUAAAAGUAUAGCACGCAAUACUAUAAUAUACUAUUUAACACUAGUAUAACUUACACACUAGCGACCUCAUUGAACUGUCGUAGUAGUAAAUAUGUUAAAUUUCAAGUUAAAUUUUCUGUUAUCUACCCUGAGAACGAUUUAGCGGUACUUCCCGUGAUAUCUCUGGAUAUUUUCAACAUUUUCGCAACUCAUGAAAUUUAUUUAUAUCGUGUCAUUUUAAGACGUCAACUAAUUCAUCUGCGAAAAAUAAUUCAGCAACGAAUUAGCCAGUCGGAAUUGCAAAUUUCACUCCAAUAAAUGUUCUGCUGUGUCAUGGUAUGUAUGUAAUUAAAUAAAUAAAAAUUAUUUUUUACUGGCGUGUGACGCCAAUUUCAAAGUGGAAAAUGGCAUGUGCCGAUGAUGGCAUGUUUCGUCUUAAAGUGAGAGAGGUGCAUUUUUGGUCAAAUUUCAGGUUCCGUCUUGAUAUUUUUAAUUUAGAAAUAGUUUUUAUUUAAUUCAGAAUGAAUAUAUGUAUAUUUAGUUCACCAGUAUAAGAGCUUGCUCGCGACGGUAGUAAAUUAAUGUAUUUUGAAUAACGCCGUAACGCCUGAAAAAAAAAAGUUAAUACUUAAAUUAAUUAAAUUAAUGUUGGUGGGGGCAAUCCGGCUAAAAUAUUUUAAAGAUGGCGGAAUCCGAAUGUAUAAUGGAAGGGGGAGUCAACUUUCUUAUUUUAAAUUGAACACCUUUUUUGGAUUCCCCCGAAAAUUCUGGACAUAUUUUGUGUAUAUCCUAAAUUUCACCGUUUCUGAGAUAUUUAACAUUUUAUCAGUGGAAACUAUGGAAAAUGUGUAUGGAUGAAAUUUUAUUUUUAAGUAAGAUUCUGUGAAUUGAUAACUUAGAUAAUCUCGUUUCCAAUGUCCUUCUCUUACCGACAUUGCAAAAUAUGCAUCAAAAUGACCGAAAACAACUAUUUCAAUAUUUUCAAACGAAGUUUUUGAGAUUUUCUACAAUCUGCUUAACUCGCAUAGGUCAUGGUUUCUGUUUUUACCAGUAACACAAACGUAUCGCAUGCUAUGGUCAAAACAUUUUCCAUAAAUAAUAAUCAAAUUUAAAUAAUCCUCGUAUGUAUAAUUAUUUAAGCGUAUCAGCAUGGUUAGAGAUAAUAUUUUAUAUAUAGCAACUGUCUCGGUACCUCAGAUGAUUAAUUGAAAGUUAAGUGCAGACUAAGUAAAAAAAUGAACGGCAAUAUCUCGAAAACUAUAAAUAUUUAAAAUAAACAACCUGUCGAAGAGUAGUCCUAAUUUUUAGUUCCGAACAAGAUAGUUUUAUAAAGAUACAUUUUUUCAACUUGUUUAUUUCUUGUGGUCAAUAUUUUGUAUGUCAUAAAAUCUAUAACUCAUAAAUUAAAAUUAGUUUAUUUAUUAAAGAAAUUUUUGUUAGAGAGCAUGCAUACAUCAUUUUUCACAUAUCAUAUUCCUAUAUUUUUUUCAAGUACAUGAUUCUUUGAAAAUUAUCUAAUUUUAUUGUAAAAGUCGUAUACAAAAGAAAAUUUUUUGAGAUUAAUUUAGGCACGUGGGAGACUUGAGACAAAAAUGUCACGCCAAAACCCUUUGAAAAUAGAAACGUCAAUACUUUUAUUAUAGUUGGAAAGCCAGAAAAACUUUCACUUAUUAGUCUUGAAGGUAGAGCAAAAAAAAUUUUUUGAGUGGUUAAAUACUACAAUUGUAAUCUAUUAGAUUAUCAGAAAAAUUCCUUGGUAAAAAAAAUAAUAAAUUCUAUACAUGGCACUAUUUCAUUAAAUUAUGAUUAAGCUUUCUCUGUGGAGUGAAACAACAAUAUUUGUCUUUUCAGCACCUUCAUAUCUAAAAAAGAACAAAGUGGGCAACUAAAGUUGUCCAUAAGAGAAGAGAAUACUGUAUUAUGUAUCCAAAUAUAAUUUCAAGCAAUUUUCCUUGGUCUCAUAUUUGGCUUACCUUAUUUAAUUGGCCAU